CGUGUCUUUCUUUCUCCUUUCAUUCCACUUCUCCCAAUUACAUUUGUUUUCAUGUCUCCACUGGAAUUUGUUUUCUCUGUUAUUAUUUGGGUACAAGUCAAAAUUCCCUUUUUCCCCUUUUACUUGUGAUAUUUUUGCUUUUGUUCCUUUUUUCUCUUUGUGCAUGUGGGUAUCUUGAGUUGUUUCAUGCUCUGAAUUUGUAUGCAAUUUUUUCAGCUCUUGUAAUAUAAUUUGUUUUGUUCUUAUUCUGCUGCAACAAAGUAUCUUCAGUUGCGCUAGCCCUUUCUUCUCAGUUUUAUACUUAACAAAUUUGGAUUAUCUUUUUUCGUUGGCUUCUGCCUCUUACAGAGGAGCUUGGAUCUUUCUUAGAGUAUCGUUUACAUUAUUUUGUUUCUGAUUAGGAAGGAGUACAUGAAUAGUUAGGGUUGAGAAUGGAAAACCAAUGACAGACGAUUGAAUUUUCUGUUGCUUAAAACCAAUGUCCAUGCCAAUUUAUAUUGAGUUGUUGUUUUAAUUUUUAUAUAAAUACAUGUAGAGAGAUGCUAGUUAACACUCCUUGUGGUAUUUGCCGUACAUCAGUUUGGAUUUUUUUUUCCAUUAAUUUUUAUAUGAUAAAAUGAAUUAAAUUUCUACUGUUAGUUAAAGUUAUACUUUUUGCUUAUAGUUUUCAAUAAAUUUGAAAAAAGGCCUAUGAUUGGGUAUGUGUUAUGGAGUUGAAACUAGUGUGCGAACACUUUGUAGAGUCACUUAAGAUUUCAUAUAACUAUAGAUUUAUAUUUAGAGUCAAUCUCGAGUCCUUAUCUUGUUACUUCUUUUAUGUUCUUAACCAAAAUAUUGAGGAGUCAGUUCCUAGAUUCUCUUUUAUCUUUUCCUUUUUGUAAAUGGUAUAGUUGUAGUGGGAGUCUCCGGAGAGGAAUUAAAUGAUAAAAUAAAGUUGUGUUGUGAUCCUUAUGGAGGGAAGCUUUGGUACCACGUGGCUUCCUUCAAUACUUCGGAGGUGAAAAUGAGAGAUUAUACAUUACCAUGUCUCAUUCAAUUUAGGUAUUUUUAUUAGCACAGAGCAAUGAAGAAAUAAAGAAUGAUGCAAGUCGUUGGAAUCAAGCAGGGUGGGUGAAAUAAAGGUGUUAUUUGUGAUGUAAAAGUGUUUUAGUCCAACUGUUACGCAGUAAAAGGACAAGAAUCAGAGGUCAUACAAGAAAAGAUAAGAACAGGAAUGAAUGCAAUAGAGACAGAGUAAAAGAGGCACAUACUGAGAGAUGAUUGUUAUAUUGAGGAAGCUUCUUUGCAUAUACAAUAGAGAAAAUGGUACUAUCAUUAGUUUAUUACAGGUUUGUGUGGUUGAUCAUUACCUUGUAGAAGUUAGUAAUAACAAAAAGAGCAAUUCUUGACUCUAUGGAAGAUUACAAUUUUUUUGUUGGUCAAGAGUUCCCAGAUGUGAAGGCAUUUCGGAAUGCAAUUAAAGAAGCUGCCAUUGCACAGCAUUUUGAGCUCCGUACUAUUAAAAGUGACCUGAUUCGCUACUUUGCCAAGUGUGCCUCAGAUGGUUGUCCAUGGCGGAUUCGUGCUGUCAAGCUCCCUAAUGCCCCAACAUUUACUAUUAGAAGUAUUGAUGGCACACAUACUUGUGGGAGGAAUGCAAACAAUGGGCACCAUCAGGCUUCUGUUGACUGGAUUGUGAGUUUCAUUGAAGAAAGAUUGCGAGACAAUAUUAAUUAUAAACCAAAGGAUAUUUUACAUGACAUCCAUAAACAAUAUGGUAUAACUAUACCUUAUAAGCAAGCUUGGCGUGCAAAGGAGCGGGGUCUUGCAGCUAUAUAUGGAUCUUCUGAAGAAGGAUAUUACCUACUUCCUUCAUACUGUGAAGAAAUUAAGAAAACAAACCCUGGAAGUGUUGCAGAGGUGUUUACCGCUGGUGAAGAUAACCGUUUUCAGAGACUUUUUGUUUGCUUUCGUGCAUCAAUCUAUGGUUUUUUUAAUGGUUGCUUGCCAAUUGUUGGACUUGGUGGAAUCCAGCUGAAAAGCAAAUACCUUAGCACAUUGCUUUCAGCAACUUCUUUUGAUGCUGAUGGUGGAUUGUUUCCGCUUGCUUUUGGUGUUGUUGAUGUAGAAAAUGAUGAUAGCUGGACAUGGUUCCUGUCUGAGUUGCAUAGGGUUCUGGAGGGGAAUACUGAAUGCAUGCCAGAGUUUAUAUUUUUAUCAGAUGGGCAACAGGGUAUUACGGAUACAGUGAGAAGUAAGUUCCCAAGUUCUUCUCAUGCAUUCUGCAUGCGUCACUUGACUGAAAGCAUUAGUAAAGAGUUCAAGAACUCUAGGCUUGUCCAUCUUCUGUGGAAGGCUGCAUAUGCCACCACAACCAUUGCAUUUAAAGAAAAAAUUGCUGAAAUAGAGGAGGUAUCUCCGGAAGCUGCUAAAUGGUUACAACAUUUUGAUCCUUCUCAAUGGGCCCUUGUGCAUUUUAAAGGGACACGAUUUGGCCAUCUAUCCUCAAACAUUGAUGAGUUCACCAAAUGGAUUCUUGAUGCUCGAGAAUUGCCAAUUAUCCAGGUGAUGGAGCGGAUUCAUAGCAAGCUUAAAACUGAGUUUGAUGACAGGCGGAUAAAAAGCAGCUCAUGGUGCUCUGUACUCGCCCCUUCUGCCGAGAAGCUAAUGAAUGAAGCCAUCAACCGUGCAUCUAUAUAUCAAGUCCUUAGAUCAGAUGAAGUAGAAUUUGAGGUUCUUUCAGCUGAUCGAUCGGACAUUGUAAAUAUUGGCAGCUAUAGUUGUUCCUGCCGCGACUGGCAGCUAAAUGGUAUUCCUUGUUCACAUGCUGCUGCUGCUCUUAUCUCAUGUCGGAAGGAUGUCUAUGCAUAUACCCACAAGAGUUUUACUGUUGCAAGUUACAGGAAUACCUAUGCAGAGAGUAUACACUACAUCCCAGCAAAACUUGAAUGGAGUAAAACAGACAAGUCUUCUAUGGAUGAUAAUAUCCUAGUUGUACGACCACCAAAAUUACGGCGACCACCGGGACGCCCUGAGAAAAGGAUGUGUGUGGAUGAGCUUAGUCGUGAGAAACAUACAGUGCACUGUAGUCGGUGCAACCAAACUGGACAUUACAAGAGAACCUGUAAAGCAGAAAUGAUUAAUAGUAUAGAGCAGUUUUAAUUGUCUGAUUUUGUAUUAUUUACUUCACCUAAGAACUAGUUUAGUUUAUUAACAUCAAUCUACAGGGACAUACCUCAGAUUCAGAUAAUGUAGCAUAGAUAUGUAUGUAUUAAAUCGCAACCGCUGGGGUAGCAGAAAUGAAGUUGGUUUGUGCUUUUGGGAGUAUUUAAA